GCGGCCUGACGUCACGCUGCGCCGACAUGUCGGUGUUUCACGAUGAAGUUGAGAUCGAAGAUUUUGAAUUUGACGCAGAAACGCAGAUGUUUUACUUCCCGUGUCCGUGCGGAGACAGAUUCUGCAUCACGAAGGAAGAUCUGGAGAACGGAGAGGAAGUGGCCACGUGUCCCAGCUGCUCGCUCAUCGUGAAGGUCGUCUACGAUCAGGACUUGUUCGUGUCGGGAGAAAUAAUCGAAGCUCCGUCGUCGUCAGAGAUGAAACUGGAGCUGGCCCAGUCCUGACCCACCCCCCCCUCAAAUUACCCAUCAGGCACUGCUCCUCGCUGGAGGACAAACUGGAACAGACGAACAGAGCUCACGUUGUUAUGAUCAGAGGAUUUUAAAUAUGUUUGUAACUAACGUGAUAAUUAUUUUAGUGGUUAAAACAUUAAAAAUGCUCUCAGCAAGUUUUUAUUUAACUUUGACUUCAGCUGUUGACGUGGUUCAAGUGUAGCGUGUUCACGUUACCAGGGUAACACACGUAGGAAGUGAUGUCAUGAAAGCAGCUUCCGCACUUCCUGUGUAAACAUCAGCAACAUUUGUCAUUACUAAAUAAAGUUUUUUUCGAUGCAUGUAAA